AUGGAUGGGCAACGGUGGAUGCCAUCGUCCUCAUGGCUGGCGGUGCCUGCAAAUGUCCCUUCCCUUCUCCUCGGUAUAUCAGUGAUCGCUGCCGUCCUUCUCCUUUCCCUUGCCAGGCUCCUCCACAGCAGGUCUGACAGCGCCCACAUUCCGGUCCUGGGUUCUUUCAAGGACCCAGACUUUCGCAAGGCCCUAGAGGAGGCACACCUCACCCAUGGCGCGCAAGCCUACGCGCUUCCCACUGAGCCUCGUGUCGUAGCCUUGUCGGACUGCCUCCUCAACCGACUCAAGAGUGCGCCCGAAAGUCAACUCUCGGCUGGGCUCGAGGUCCAGAGGCGCGGGCUGGGCCAGUACACUGACCUAGGUACCCCCAUGCCAGAGCUCUUCGCGGCCAUCAAGGUCGACCUCACGCGGCACCUGCGAGAUCUCGUGCCGCUCCUGCGGGAGGAGGUUGAGUAUGCGUGCAACCUGCACCUGCCCGAGCGGCUGUCAGCAGCGGCUUCGGAUGAUGGCUGGCACGAGGUGACGGCGUUUGACUUUGUCAAACGUAUCGUCAUCGUCCUCAACGCGCUAGCCCUCGUUGGCAGGCGGCUGAGUCGAGACCGCGCCUGGCAGGACGCUUCGUUCGGGUACUCGGCCAGUCUGCGUGCAGCCUUUGACGCCCUUCACCGCUGGCCUCCGUGGCUACGCCCGCUAGUGCACCCCUUCAUCUUUGAGCGGAUUGGGCUCAGCAGCCGGCGCCGGGCCGUAGCCGACAUGCUCACUCCGCUUCUGGCAGGGGAAUCAGACGGGCAAGUGCGCGACAGCAGUCCGACGUUGCUCGGAUACCUGCGCCAGCGGCUCGGUGCGAAACAAGGGAGCGACCCCAGGCGUAUGGCCCGGAUACAGCUUCGGGCAACCCUGGCCGGCGCCGACACGGUUUCGCAUGUGGCCACAAACGCGCUCCUGGACCUGGCCGCGCGCCCCGAAUGCGUAGCGGCGAUCCGCGAGGAGCUCAAGCAGCUCGCGGCGCCCGGGUGUGGAGAACCAGUCUGGACCAUGGCCAUGGUACGCAGGAUGAGCCGGCUCGACAGCUUUAUCAAGGAGUCGGCAAGGCUGCAUCCUAUGUUUCUACUGGCCAUGGGACGCAUGACGACAUCUCCGCUGGUGCUGGACGACGGGACGGUGGUGCCCAAGGAUGCAACCGUCUACUUCGACAUGCACAACUCCAACAACUCGCCCGAGAUGCAACCUGGCGGCGACCCGGCCUUGUUCGACGGCUUCCGGUACAGCCAGGCGCGCGAGGAAGAGGGGCUGUCCAACAAGUACCUGCUUGCGACCACGGGCGCAGACCACCUGCUGUUUGGGCACGGCAAGGAAUCGUGUCCGGGCAGAUUCUUUGCCGCGGCCGAGAUCAAGGUGUUGCUGGCGUAUUUACUGCUCAAUUUCGACCUCGCCCUGCCUGGCCCGCGGCCGCAGCACCGAUGGGUCGGGUUUGCCGGUGUUAUGGACCGUGGCGCCACCGUAUUAAUGCAGAGGCGAAAAGGAGAGAUCGGCAUGUAG